AUGAAACGUCAAGAUAGAGAGUUUGAGGUGGGAGACCUAGUGCUUCUCAAAGUGUCACCUAUGAAGGGUGUCUUGCAUUUCGGUAAAAAGGGAAAGCUUGCUCCUCGCUUCAUUGGGCCUUUCCCCAUUAUUGAAAGGAUUGGGAAGGUUGCUUACCGUCUUGCUUUACCGGAGAGAUUCUUCGGAGUUCAUAACGUGUUUCAUGUAUCUAUGCUUCGAAAGAAUGUGUGUGACGCGGACCAGCAUCCGUUGAUAGACUAUCAUGAUCUGGAGUUACAGAAAGAUGCUUCUUACGAGGAGAAACCGUAUAAAAUUGUCGAUCGUAGAGAGCAUGUCCUUCGAAGGAAGACCAUCCCAAUGGUAAAAGUUCAGUGGCAUCAUCAUAAUGACAAGGAAGUCACCUGGGAGCGUGAGGAUGACAUGCUUAAACGUUAUCCCGAUCUUUUUGAAGAUACGGAAAGUACAACUUAA